GACAGAGCCAUUGUUAAAUCUUCUGAGGCUCAGGCGGGUUGAACCCGAGGUUUGGAAUCCGCUGUUGGGAUUCCCAUCGCGCGUUCUUGCGUGGCGCAGUCGCAUUGACUGAUAACACGCUGGCCAGUUCUUCACGCUAGGAACACGUCUAUAUCUACAUCUGCACAGUCAGCCAUCAUGUGGUCGUUUUCUAGGCCCUCUGCCCAAGACCAAGUGAUUCUGAUCGUGAACGAUAAACCAGUUCGUGGAGAAAAUGGUCAACUCAAAAUCGUCGUGUCGGUCAAGGCAUACCCGGACGGAAGAGUACAGGUGUGUUUUGAUGAUGGAAGCAUCAGAGAACUUACACUUGCCGAUUUCAGCGCAGAUGGUUCUCAAGAUGUUAUGGGGGCCGAAGAGUUUGUCCAGCAUUUGAAGCGGCUGUUCCCAGAUGUCACUGUUCAAACAUUAGAUCUAAAAGAAACGCAAGUUCCAGACGAGUCCUCUGCACCUACCACCCCGAGCGACCACCCGAGGUUGAGACAGGCGGGGAAAAUAACCGAUGAAUCAGUCCCUGAUGAGACACCACAGGAGCAAAGCAGCGGAGAAGAACAAAGUAGUGGAGGAUAUUUGAAGCGCAAUCUAUUGGUGGGGGCAAUAUGUGCACCACUUGCCGUGGGCGCAGCGGUGGUGGUUCUACCGGUGAUUGGCUUCGGGGCCGGCGGCAUAGCGGCCGGAUCCUACGCCGCCGGCAUGAUGUCGUCUGCUGCCAUCGCCAACGGUGGCGGGGUGGCUGCUGGUUCAUUGGUGGCGACCCUGCAGGCCGCCGGGGCCGCGGGCCUCGGCGCCGGGGCCACGGCAGCUGUGGGCGGUGUCGGCGCUGCCAUCGGGGGAGCUGCCUCGUACUUUGUAGGCGUGUUCCAGGAUAAAUUCAAGAAGAACAAAGAAGAAAAGGAGAAUUAAUCACUUGAAUAAUUUUAAGCCGAAAAUAUUAAUAUGAGAUUUCAGGUUUUCAAUGGUUCAAUUGUGCUAAAGUUUUUCUGCUCUGGGACAGCGGUAAAGGAAAGCAUCCCCUUCCGAAACACUGAAUAAUAGAUCCGAGUCCGUGCGAGGAAUCCUCUAAAUGGGUAAAAAAAUUACUCACUUUUCUGCAUGGUGAGAUCAAGAAAUGUUCAGCCGUUUUGUGAGUAAACCUCUUGAAGUAUUACAUGUCAUAUUGAAUGACUUUAUAUUUAUGGAAACUAUAAGUAUGCGGGAAAUAUGGGCUUAAGCUACUUAUGUUUCUAUGUUGGUUGGUUGGUGGGUGGGUGGGUUGGUGGACACUUGACUCGGCCAUAUAUUGU